GACGAAUAAAAAUAUACGGCUUACGUAAAUUUAUAAUACCACAAGCGAAAUAAAAAAGUAAAAAAUGUGGCAGGUAUUAUUUAUGUUUUGUAUUAUUGGAGGAGUUUUUGGACAAUCACCAGGUCUAGGUGCUUGUCCAGAUGUUAAGACUGUGUCAUCAAUUGAUCUAAGCAGGUAUGCUGGAAGAUGGUACGAAGCUAUGAGAUUUUUUACUGUUUUUGAAUUGACAGGAAAAUGUGUUACUGCUGACUAUACUUUGAUUGAUUCAAAUGGAACUGUCAAUGUUGUUAAUUCACAAAUAUCUACACUAACAAAUAAACGAUCAAGUAUUGAAGGAACAGCAGAAAUAGUUGAUCUAGCUGAACCAGGUAAAUUGAAAGUUACAUUUCCAUCAGUUCCAAUUAAAAAUUCUGGAUCUUAUUGGGUACUUGGUACUGACUAUGAUUCAUAUGCAGCAGUAUGGAGCUGUACAAGUCUUAAAAUAGCCAAUCUACAAUUUGGAUGGAUAUUAACGAGAGAAAAAAAUCCACCUGAAUCGGUUAUUCAAAAAGCAACCAAUGUUUUCAAGUUAAACGAUUUAAAACCAAGCAAAUUUUACAAAACAAAUCAAUUAGAUUGUCCAGAUGACAAAUGAAUAUCAUAAAAUUCAUCAAGAUAAAUAAAUUGAAUUAUAAAAAUUUAAUAUAGUUUCGAAAAUCCAACAAUUUUAAUAAUUUUUCUUGUAAAAAUAUAAUUUUUUCUGUUAAAUACAAUUGAUUUUUAGCAACUAAUUACCAAUGAA